ACGAGCCCACUUCCAUUGACUAAUAACCCUAAAACUCAUCUGUAAAAAAAUUACCCCAUUCUGUUAGUUUCUUCCUUCUCUCUAAACCCCUUUACAUACCAUACCAUACCCUAACCCCUUUCACGCUCUUCCAUGGCGACUAACGAACCCACCGUGAACGGCGUCGCGAAGGCGCCGGAAUCGGACUCGCAAUCUCUGGUUUCCACUACGGCAUUCGAAACGGGGGCGACCACUACCUCCGCCUCUGAGGCCGAAACAGCGGUGGCAACCCCUACUGAGUCCCAACUAGAGCCCACCUCAGCUCCCCCGUCAGCUACCACCACCGCCUCCGACAAGAGGUGGCCUGGAUGGCCAGGAGAUUGCGUGUUCAGGCUCAUUGUUCCGGUGCUCAAGGUCGGUAGCAUCAUUGGCCGCAAGGGGGAGCUUAUCAAGAAGAUGUGUGAGGAGACGCGUGCACGAAUUCGAGUUCUCGAUGGCGCCGUAGGCACUCCUGAUCGAAUCGUGUUGAUAUCGGGAAAGGAAGAGCCAGAUGUUCCACUUUCGCCAGCGAUGGAUGCUGUUAUAAGGGUGUUUAAACGUGUCUCGGGAUUAUCUGAGAGUGAGGUUGAUGGUAAGGUCCCUGGAGCUGCUGGAGUUGCAUUCUUUUCUAUUCGAUUGUUGGUUGCAUCCACACAAGCUAUAAAUUUAAUUGGAAAACAAGGUUCAUUGAUCAAAUCCAUACAGGAGAACACUGGUGCAUCUGUGCGAGUAUUGUCAGGAGAUGAGGUGCCAUUCUAUGCUGCUGCAGAUGAAAGAAUUGUUGAGUUGCAGGGAGAAGGGUUAAAGGUUCUCAAAGCUCUGGAAGCAGUAAUUGCUCAUCUGAGGAAAUUUUUAGUCGAUCAUAGUGUUCUUCCACUUUUUGAGAAGAAAACUUACAAUGCGCCAACCUCACAAGAACAACACGUAGAGACCUGGGCAGACAAGCCAUCAUCUCACGGUGCUUCUCAAACUGGGCUUGCAGCUAAUUAUCCUCUCUCAGCAAAGAGGGAAUCUCUGUUUCUUGAGCGUGAAAAUCAACUGGAAUCACAGAUUCCAUCAGCUCGAAUUUCUCUGUAUGGGCAGGAUCCAUCACUUCCUGCUAUUCGUUCUUCAGGUCUUGGUUCUUCAGGUCUUGGCUCUUCAGGUCUUGGUCGGACUGGUGCUCCCAUUGUUACUCAGAUUGCACAAACUAUGCAAAUCCCACUUACUUAUGCGGAAGACAUUAUCGGGAUUGAAGGAUCUAAUAUUGCAUACAUUCGGCGUACCAGUGGAGCCAUUUUAACUGUGCAAGAGAGUAUGGGACUUCCUGAUGAAAUCACUGUGGAAAUCAAAGGAACCUCAACACAAGUUCAGUUGGCUCAACAACUAAUUCAGGAAGUUAUGAGCAAUCACAAAGAAUCACUUUCGAGUAGCUAUGGCAGGAUAGAUACUGGAUUGAGAUCUUCAUACUCUCAGUUGAGCAGCUCUUCCUACCCUCCGACUUCAUUACCCUCACAGCCCUACAGUGGUGGUUACGGGUCUUCCAGUCUCGGAGGUUUCAGUACAUUCAGGCUUUGACAUGGGAAAUCCACAUACUAAUUGGCAGUUUCUCCCAUGAGGUAUUUGUUACACCAAUUAACUCUGAAUAGAAAAAAGAAAAAGGAAAUUUGAUGGUGGAAUCUAAGGCAUCUGUAAAGUUUCGCCAGAGUGGGUCCGGCAUUGUUUUAACUGGUGUAACUGGAUCGUACUUCCAGUGCUGGUACCCUGUUAGGUGGAUAGAAGCUUGGAAAUGAAUACAGAAAAAUGCAUUGUAGUAGUUAUAGCUUCAUGAUUCCGUGCAGUAAAUCUUAGAACUUGCAUGGGGGCAGUUGUGACAAGAACUUGGGAAUCUGCCAGACUUAUUUGUUUGUUAAUUUUAUUUAUAUAGUUCGAUAAUUGUUUAUUUUGAUUUAAGGGUUGUUCCAAGUAGACUAACAUUAUGUUUUGCCUCGUGAUACUAAAAUUCUUAAUAAGCAUUUAGUUUCAGGCGUUA